UAAAUAAAUAAAAGAGGCGCAUAGAUACAAUUUUGAAAACCAAAAAAGCUCGAAAGUGGUAUAUGAAAUCUUUUUAAACCAAUAAAAAAAGGUAUCAUGUCUCAUAAUGUAACAUUCAUAUUUAAGUCAAAACCCACUCGCACAGUUUUUCCUUUUUUUUUUUUUUCUAUCUCUCUCUCUCACUUUUUUGUAACUGUUUCUUUUUAUUUCGUCUUCUGUAUGACAUGGCCAAUAAAUCCAAUGCAAAAAGAAAAGGUCAAAAGACUGACGUUGUAUCCCCAGAAAGACAAAGCACAGUGUAUGACGAUAUUGAAUCACUUCAAAUAACCUUUUACGAAAUCGAGUCAUGGAUUGAAAAAACCACUCCCAUGUUAUCUCGCAUGACAAAGGACCUCGAAAAGGCCUCUGGUCAUUUCGACCACAAUAAGCGUAAAAAGAAAUCAAAAGAACUCAUCGAUCAAAAUAUGGAACAACAAUUAAUACAACUUCAGCAACAACAAUUACUUUGGAAGAAGAGUAUUCUCUGUAAAGGUGACACCAUGACUAAUAGUACCAACAACAGCAGUAGCAGUAGUAGCAGUACCAACAAUACCGUUUCGUCAGUAGCAGAAUCGCUGGAUGCCAUGCAAUGGCGACUUUCUUUUCAGCCUGGUAACCUUCUGCGCUUAGAUACCAAUAUAACGAGUGUAGAACAGUUGAUCGAAGCUGUGCAAAGAAUUCGUUUGUUGCAGGCGGAAGAACCCGCCGAAGUGAAUGGUGAACACACCGAGGAAGAAGAGAUGAGUCUUGACCUGUGCAACUCACCUGCCUCUUCUGCCACUUCUCAGCCCGACGUGUCUUAUGUUGAAUAUUGGUUUACAGCGCUUGGACGACGACCCAAGAUUUGCCUAGAGAAUUACAAGCACUGUCGAAUGAACUUGAACGGAUUGACCAAGAAUAUCUCACCACAAGCAUUGAACUACAUUGGCCAAGUCUCUUGGGACUGCCUGCAUCCAAAGUUCUCGCUCGAUUGGAGUGCGUUUUGGGAUCGAGAGGGAGAUGCUAAGCGAAACCAAGUAUGUAUUGAUUCAGGGCUUGCCACCAUUUUCCUACACGUGAUGCGUCACGACAAGGACAUUUGUGAUAACGCGGAACAAAUUGCUGGCUUUUAUUACGACCGUGCUCGAGAUGCAUUAAUGGAAUUUUUUGACGAUCCACCCGACUGUGCAACCAUCGAAUCCCUCUUGAACUUGUCCACUUUUUGCAUCGUCUGUAAAAGAUAUUCUCAGGCUCGUAUUUAUAUUGGACUGGCGCUGCACAUGAUUGUAGAUUGCGGUAUCCAUCGACCCGAGGAGUUGGACGAUAUCUUGACUCAGAAAAAGUACUAUGAAUUAUUACUUGUCUUGUACGCCAACGAUUUCAAUCUCGCUGUCUUUAUUGGUGAACCCACUUUGGUCGCUGGCACAGAGAUCAAUGUCAAUUUCUACAACCUCGUCACCAUCAAUGAACAAUUACUUGAAAUGAACAAGACGGAUGAAAAGUACAACUUUGAUAAUAAUAAGGCCAUCGUCAAACAACUUUAUUCGGUUUAUAUGGUCGAAUUAGGCAAGAUCAGUGCCGAUAUACUCGCCUUAAUCACCCGUGGUGCCUCCAAAAAGCAAUUGCUGGCUCAAGAAAAGCUUUUAACCCAAUGGCGACAACGUUUACCUGACUCGCUCAGACCUGAAUCGCAUGACUACGAGUUCCAUCAACGUAUAAAGUCCGAAAAGGAAAAGGCAACCGUGAAAGAUAUCACGUCGGUCGUGGACGCCGAGACCUUGGAAGCACAAGCAUCGCUGAUGUUGAAUAUCCAGUACGAAGCACAAUGGAUGAUUUUACAUAAAGCUGUACUCACUAGCAUCCGCAGUGCUAGCCCGAUACCCACACAAUUAGAGGAAGAAACAAGGUCGAGUAACAUAUGCUCAAAUGCAGCAGAUACCGUAGUCACGAUGGCAGAAAUCGUAUCCAGAUGCUUUGGAUGGUGUGUCUGCCAACAGUUCGUCACAUGCAUCUAUCACGCAUCCACCGUGUAUUGUGGACAAGCCCUUGUCAAAGAUAAUGUCGAAUUAAGAAAUAAGGCAAAAGAAAUGAUCCAUCGUAUUAUGCGUAUAUUAGACACGGGUGGCGCCAAUCAUGAAGGAUUUCCCGACGAUAUGACUGAAUGUCUUUGUGAAUUCUUGACUAACCAUGGCAUGCAUAAUGAUAAUGUCGAGUGUUCAUGUAGUGUUAUCGAUGAUAUAUCAGCCAUUUCCACAGGCAUCGUACCCACUCUGGGUCCAUUAGAUGGUGUAGGCAUGAUCAACAAUAGAUUGCUUCCUCCAACACAUAAACAUUUAAAGAAAUUGAAGCAUCUAUCAAGUAUGGUCAUCCACGAUCCAUAACAAAUGUACAUCUCCUCUCCCCUCAUUGUAAUAACACACACACUUCUUUUU